GCAGCGCUUUUUCAGGCUUUGUCUUCUCUGAAUUAUAUUGCAUGUCGUUUUGAAUAGAGCUUUCCACCGUCUGAAACCAUCCCAAGAUCUGAUCUAGUGCACGCGUCGACUCAUCCACUCAGCAAUUGCGCAUGCGCGUCGGUGGGCUCUAGAGGAGGCUCAUGUUGUCUCUCCGCAGGAAUGACGAGACUCGCUCCACUCUCGUCGACAGGCACGCGCGGAAAGGAAGACUGAAAAUAUUCAUUUGGUGGAAAUAAGGAGGAUACGAUCGAUCACUUCCGAACAAACACCGGAGGACGUCGCCAAACUGGACAUUGUGGAGACAAAAGAAGAUUUCUAAAGGACCUGUCCUCUUCCACUUCAAAGCUGACGUCUCCUGUAUGAGUGUAGCUACAUAUCCAGUGGCAAAGCAUUUUCUAGAUGUGAUGUCUGUCGUGUUUGUCAACAACCUGCUUGUGAAAAUGGGCAUCUGGAUAUGCUUUGAAGAAAACGACUGAUGUUACGUCGAAAAAACGCUUAAAAUGUGACCGUUCCAAUGAGCCUCGAUCCCUCCACUUUUUGUCGGAUUUGAGGAGGCGUCCACUGGGAAUCAGGGCAGUGCAUGUGUCUCGUUUUGGAGAGAGGAGGGAGUGUGCGCGCUGGAGCUGUCCGUUCAGAACCACACACACACACACACACACACAUCUGCCACCAGCGGUGCACCACAAGCCAUCAGCCUCGAACCUUCUCCGGACCUCAUGCUGCGGAGCGCAAAUUCAUGACAACCUCUGCAUUCAUUUAACGUCUUUAUUUUCUCAUUUUCUCUUGGCAUCUGGAGGCAAUACCUUAUUCACCUGACAAGAACAUCAAGCGCUCAUGCAGCGAUUUCCUGCAGUUGCGCUGCCUUUGCGCACCUGUUUUUCUGCGUUCGUUCAGUUAACUCUCUUUUUUCCGUUUCCUAACAAUUGCGCACAUGUAUCCUCCGGGUCUUUCAGCGUUGUAAUGCCUGGCCCGGGCUCGAGACAUGCCUAAGCGACGAGAUGGGCCAGGGCGACGAGAAAGACCGUGUUGUGAUUAACGUGGGAGGGAUUCGACACCAGACCUACCGCAGCACCUUGCGCACUCUCCCCGGCACUCGUUUAGCCUGGCUCGCCGAGCCCGAUGCCCACAGUCACUUCGACUAUGACGCCCAGAUCGACGAGUUUUUCUUUGAUCGCCACCCUGGAGUUUUUGCACACAUUCUCAAUUAUUAUAGGACUGGCAAGUUGCAUUGCCCCGCUGAUGUUUGUGGCCCUCUUUAUGAGGAGGAGCUGGCCUUCUGGGGCAUCGAUGAGACAGAUGUGGAGCCCUGCUGCUGGAUGACGUACCGGCAGCACCGGGAGGCCGAGGAGGCACUGGACAGUUUCGGUGGAGGGCCAGCUGAAAUGGGCAACGAUGAGAUGGACACAGAAGUUUUGGGUGAUCCAGGGGAUGGAGACGAGGAACUUGAGAUGACUAAACGCCUGGCCCUCGGCGACUCACCUGACGCAAAAGGUGCAGGGUUGUGGCAACGUUGGCAGCGUCGUGUUUGGGCGCUCUUUGAAGAUCCAUAUUCCUCUAAAUAUGCAAGGUGGGUGGCAUUUGCCUCGCUGUUCUUCAUACUGGUUUCCAUAACCACAUUCUGCCUGGAGACACACGAGGCCUUCAACCCCAUCAUUAACCGCACAUAUAUUAACCCUGAAGACAACAGCUCCAGGUUUCACUUGGAGACAGAGACGGUGGUCUACUUAACCUACAUCGAGGGAGUGUGUGUGGUGUGGUUCACCUUUGAGUUCCUCAUGCGUGUCACCUUCUGUCCAGACAAAAAGAAAUUCAUAAAAAACACCCUAAACAUCAUAGACUUUGUGGCCAUCCUGCCAUUUUACCUGGAGGUGGGCUUGAGCGGACUGUCUUCUUCUGAAGCGAAGGACGUUCUAGGUUUCCUCAGAGUGGUGCGAUUUGUCCGGAUCCUCCGAAUCUUCAAGCUGACGCGACACUUCGUGGGCCUGCGCGUACUGGGACACACUCUCCGCGCCAGCACCAAUGAGUUCCUCCUGCUCAUCAUCUUUCUGGCGCUCGGAGUGCUCAUCUUCGCCACCAUGAUCUACUACGCCGAGCGAAUCGGUGCCAAUCCCAAUGACCCACGUGCCAGUGAGCACACCCAUUUCAAAAACAUCCCCAUUGGCUUCUGGUGGGCUGUUGUGACUAUGACCACACUGGGCUACGGAGACAUGUAUCCUCAGACUUGGUCAGGCAUGUUGGUGGGCGCACUGUGUGCUCUGGCGGGUGUGUUAACCAUCGCCAUGCCUGUGCCUGUCAUCGUCAAUAACUUUGGGAUGUACUACUCUCUAGCCAUGGCUAAGCAGAAGCUACCAAAGAAAAAGAACAAGCAUAUUCCCCGUGCACCCCAGCUGGGCUCACCUAAUUACUGUAAGUCUGCCAUGAACUCGCCCCACCACAGCCCACAAAGUGACCACUGCGCUCUUGCUGCCCAGGAGGAGGUUUUAGAAAUGAACAGAGCAGAUCCCAAAGUGAACGGUGAGGCAGCUAAAGCAGCGCUGGCCAAUGAGGAUUGUCCCCACAUAGACCAAGCCAUUUCCCCUGAGGACGGCCAGAUCUUUAACCCAAGCGAGCCACGGGGAGACACUCCGUGUUUUCUGCUGAACGUCGGCAGACGAUCCACAAACACGGGCACCCGAGUGAGGAAGGCCGGAAUGUUCUCAGGGAGGUCAGGGGCGGAGCCGGCCGGCCCGACGCAUGGCACACAGGGUUACCCUCUGCUGCAGCUAGGCUGGGCGCACAGCCCAGAAGACGGCCAUGCCAGGGUCACCACCUGAGAUCCAUGCCUGUUUUGCUGUCAUACGCUCAAACCGCUCACAGCAGCCUUAGAUAAAUAAAAGGCCCCUACACGCUAUGUAGCUUUACAGGCUGUCAAUUAUCGUCAGCAAAUGUAGUGUUAUAAAAACAAACACACGUUCAUGUUCUCUCACACCUGUUCUAGUUCUAGUAGACUAAAGAUGACCUUUCCACAAUAAUUACACCAAACUGGCCGUUUCUGAUCACAUUCAAAAGAAUAUCCUGCUAUCAUCCACCAAUUUGUCAUGUGAUCAUUUUCUAACCAAUAGCGCUGUCUGUGUCUUAUGACAUGUUGCUCUGUGUGAGCAUGCUCUGUUUGACUUCAGAUCUUACCCACAGUCAAAAGCACCACAAGAUGGUCAACAUGACCACCAAGCAGAACCACACACACUGUUCCCAACAAAUAUAUGUUUUUGUCUUUGUGUGUUCUACUGUAUGUGUAUGUGUAAGUUUAUGAGAGUUUUGAGAGAUGUGUGUGUGCGUGCGUGUGAGUGUGCAUGCAGUGCUUCAGAUUGCACUGUUAUUUUUUCUGUAGCAUUAUGUUGUGCAUGUGUUGGGGCAGUCCUGCGGCCUUGCUGCACAAUCUGUCCUGAUGCCUGUAUGGUAUUGGAUGAGAAAGUGAAGACUUGGUUUUGCACGAAGGCAAAGGAUAUGAUGGUGUAGAUACAACACUGACAUAUGUGACAUGCUCUUUUAUUUCGAGUCGAAAGUCCCAAUAAGCCAUUAGUGAAGACAUGUGAUAACCAAAAAAAAAAAAAAUACUUUUAAGUUUUCUGUUUUGUUGUUUUAGAUAUAAUAAGAGUCAUAAUAAUCAGAGUCUAUGCUUUCAAAUUAUGUCAGUUUUAUUAUGAAAUUCAAACAAUUUUCCCCUGCCUCAGUUCACACAGCAGCACAUAAAUGCAUGUGAACUGAUCUUCUCUUAAUUUUUAAUAGCGAACAUGAAUGAACAUCAGAGGGUAUGUUGAUACAGUAAUUGUCCAAUACAUUUUUAAACCAUGGAAAGGCGUCAAUGAAAUGGCUUGUUUCACUUAAUGAUAAUAGAAAAAAGUUUUAAAUAAAUUAAAUUGUUGAUAACGCAAAUAAACUCUUUAAAUAUAUGCAUUAUAAUAUAAUUGUGUUUUAUUUUUUCCUAAACUGUUUUCAUGUCUUCCUAAUUAUUUAUUGUAUUUUUGAAUUAAUUUUCGAAAAGAAAAAAGAAAAAGAAAAAAAAAAAUAUGAAAACGGCCAUGUUUUUACUACAGCCACCAUUUAACAGUUUGGCAACAUAAUAAUGAUAUCAUUUGAAAGCUGAGACUUUCCUUUUUCAUUGUACAUAUACUUAAAAUGUGUUUCUUGUCAAAAUGACUCAAAAUGAUGGUGCAAGUCAUAUAGAGACUAUGGAGAAGUGCCAGAAACUGAGGAUCUGACUCUGACAAAUUAUUAGACAGGAUUCUUGGUUGCCUUAAUUUCAAAUGUACCAGUUAAUUUAAAUUUCUAGGUUAAUGAAUCUGUGAACUUCUAAAUUCUAUUUGCAACUUUUGCCUUGCAAUCCACAGCCUUCUUUGCUCGCUCUAAUGCCAGAUUAACCAACCGAUCUUUGUGCAUGCCCUCACAGAGAUUGCAUGCCAUAUUAAACCCUUUAAACCUGACCCAUAGCAGCAAACAUGGUGUGGAGCAAACUGACAGAGGUCAAGACGAAACCUUUGUGUCUCAGCAACUGCCAUAUGCACAUUUCUCUCCACUAAACCAAGGUUAUCAAAAGUCCCGAAGCCUGGGCACCAUAACCAGCAAGGCCCGAACGCUGGCCGAGGUGGUAUCGAUGUCCACCGGGUCCUGUGGCCCACCUGUUCUCCUGCGGCGGUCCCAUUCUCCAAUCCCCUCCAUUCUCUAAGAAAUGGAGCAGUUGUGUAGUUAGAGCUGUCUCCCUGGGUCUUCCUCCUGCUCUGCUGCCUUCUGUUCUCUGCGCUGUUUGAUUUGGUCUGGUCUGUCUUGUUCUCUGGUCCUUGUUUUCUGGAGCUGUGUUUUUGUCUCCUCCCCUCCUCCUUUUCCUCUUCCGUCCGUUUUGCUUGUUUCUUGUCUUUACGUACCGACUCUCAACUCACACAAAGCCAUCAGAGAGAAAGAAAACCUCCAAAUGAUCUCAGGGAAAUUUUUAACGAUUUCCUAGUUACAAGUGUUUAUCAGACACAAUAAAAGAACUGGGAUGAGAAAGGUAAACCUUUCUUUUAGAGCACACUGUUGUUGUUCCUGGAACCACUUCAGAACUGGAAAGACUUGCAUCGUCCCUUCAAACGAUAGAAAUAAUGAUAUUUUUAAGGAUUUACUAUGAAUAUUUACUUAUAAAUCCUCUCCUGUCUGAGUAUAUUCUCACAUAAAAUCCUUCCAGGCACCUGGAAGACGAAACGCCUUUUUAUCAGUGUCUUUUUUGGUUUCGUUUAGCUGUUUAAUUUUUACCGUACUUCCCCUUUGCACUGGUGGAGUCUUCCUCCCUUCUUUCUUCAUCGCCUCAUUAACAAGACCCCAGGUAGGAGGUAUCAGGACUCCCUUUUUCUCGCUGUCCACAGCAAACAUCUCUCCUUCCUCUGCACUUCUUUCACUCUCCCUGUGCAUUUCUGUUCAUCUCUCUUUCUCCGACCUCUUUAGCCCUGGAUUGCGAAAGCAACCCAAAUGAACGUUUUUACAGUGCAGACAAAAGGGAAGUCUUAUUUUCGCAGCCCAUUUCCUCCUCAUUCUGUGAGCUGAAUGAACACAAGGCCCAAUGGCAGGAUGACCCUGAGCAAUCCCAUCCUCCCCUGUAUUUUCUACUGCAGAUCCCUGCAAAGAGGAAACUGCCCUAGUUAAGUAUAUGCAGUCAGAGGUGCUCAAAGUGACCUGAGAAGGCAGCAGCAUCUCGAAACCCUGGUUUCCCUUCUUCAGCCUUGCUGGACUCCACACAGUGGCCAGAGGGAUUUCAGGCUGGAGUCCAAAGGAAGGACGUAUAUGUAGAAAGAGAGCACAAUAGAGGAUGUUGUUAGUCGACGCAGUGGCAAGCAUUUUUAUCCAGAUUCCGACUGUCUGAGGAAUCUCAUGGACCAGGACUUUUUUUAAGGAGGACCUUAAGGACCAUCGACCGAAGAGUGCGAUGAGCAGAUGGCUUUAAAGCCAGCAAAAUGAGUUUUAUAAUCAUAAUACUAAUGAUAGUACCUGCAGUGACAGAUGUAGUGGACUCUUACCUGUUCAUUUUAGCAUGAGCUGCAUGGUGUUACAUUAAAAAAAAAAAGAGGAAAAUAUUCUAUAUCUGUUAUGAAUCUGUCUGUACAAAACAAAUAUUUUCUUUCAAGAGUUCUUGACUUUUGCAGAAUUGACAUGUAGCCAUGGAUAAUGAGAUGUUCAGAGACCAUGUUCUUUAUUUCAGCAACUGAUUUCUUCAUUCUGUCUUUGUUGUUAACCACAUGACUCAGCUCUGGUCACAUUGACCUCAAAUUCCGAAUGAGGCGCUAGUGGUUACUGCCGUCAGAUAGAUUGUAAAUUCCACUUUUCAACUUUGUUUCUGUCUGGCAUGCUUGUGAUUCUGGAUCUUUUUAGAGAAAAAAACUGAGCAAAAUGAGUUAUUUUUCUGUUUUAUGUCUUACUUACUUGGUGAAUAGAUCCUGUGGAAACUGUCGUGAGCAACUGUUUAUUUCACAUAUCAAGUGCAGACUUUUAACAGUGUUAUUUUUGGAGAAAAAAACAUCAAAAAACGAGAAAAAUGGCAUCCUGUUGAGAUGUUUUACAUUUUCUCUCAUUACUUUUAGGUACUAAAACACAAAGAAAAGCAAAAAAGACAAAUGUAUAUUUACAUUAUAAGAGAAUUGUAUGCAAUUUAACUAACUUUGGGGAAAGACAAAUGCAUGCACUAUGUUAUGCAACAAUAACUGCAUAGAAAAACAGGAAAACAUGACUACAACCAUAGCAUGAAAUAAAUUUUCUAUGAAACCUGUUAGAGCGCUUGGGUUUUUAAUUAAUUAAUUUAUUUAUUUUCAUUGAUUGCAGUGGAAUGUUUGUUUUAUUUCUGUUUCUCUCAUUGGACGAUGUACCAAUACUCUCUUUGACCUGAAGUCGACAGGCACAAAGAGCUGAAUUGGAAGGUCUUUGAUGCGAGUGAAAAGAAAAAGAAAAUACAGUAUGUCUCCAGGUGGAGCAGCAUGGCAGACUGCACUGAUGAGCAUGGUGAUGAAUUAAACCAUUAACAUUUGAAGGAAACAGUGAAACACCUGCAUGCUGUGAACGAGCUGAAGUUUUGAACAAGCGGUGUCAACAUACACUCUGCUCAAUGAGGUAUGAUGCUAAAGCCUGCCUUAUACGCCUGCUAAAUGUGCUUGCUAGCAGACCGCAUUAACGUCACCCUCUGCUCUCCUUUCAUCCCUUCCUCCUACUCCUCCUGACCCCUUCCAUGUCUCCUCUGCGCUGGCUCGCACGUCAUCCCGCACCCUCUUCACCCGUCUUUGUUCUCUAGGUGUCUGGGUAAUAACUCGUCUGUUGUCUCUCUUCUUUUUUAUGUCUGUAGAGGCUUCUCGGCAGGGCCGGCACAAACCGCCUGCAGACUCUGUGUGUGUCAUGAAUCGUGGUGUUCCAACCACUGUGUGCAUGGCCCAGAACACCCCUCCCACUUCUUGAUAACGCUCUAUAAGUCUGUUUGUUGUACACGAAUGGGUGGAAGACCCCUUUCUACACAUUUAAAUGUAUUUCAAAGGGACUUUUUUGUUGGUGGCUGAUAGUACUGUCAACUUGUAGUGGUGUGUAAAAUGUGUAUUUGAGUGCAUGCGUGUUAAAUAUGUGUGUGUUUUUGUACGUGUGUCUGUACUGUAAAUAUGCUUUUCGUGUUGCCCACGCUUGCGACUGAAUAUUUAGAGUAUCUAGUAAUCUUUACAGGGUUAUAAGGUCAAACCUAUCCAAUACGUUUUUGCUCUUUUUGUGAAUCAUAACAAAUAUUCACAAAGCUGCCUUUAAAUUAGAAUGGGCUCAAACUAAUGAUGUUGUUCUCUGUUGUGCUGCUGCUGUAAGUCAUCAGUUGCCUUUGUUUGCUGUUUGCACUUUUAUAUUAAACUUUUACAUUCCGGGGCUCAACAAUAAGAAUCCUUUGAACGUACAUGAAUUUAUUUCCUUACGUCAAAAUGUACGACAAAUACAUAUGUUUUGUUAAAGGGUUAGAAAUUCUAUCAUUAUUUACUCCACCUUAUGUUGUUCCAAACUGGUGGUGUGAUUUCUUGCUAUGGAACAUGAAAGAAGAUAUUUUGAAGAAUGUUCAUUUCUCAUUGACUUCCAUUGAAGUUUUUGUACAUACAAUGGUAGUCAAUGCUAUUGACUCAAUGGGAAACUGGUUUCUAAUAUUCUUCAUAACAUGUUAUUUUAUGUGCUGCUAAAGAAAGAAAUGCAUACAGGUUGUGAAUGACAUGAGGGUGAGUAAGUUGUGACAGAAUUUUCAUUUUUGUGUGGACCAAUUUUUAAAGAAAUUUCACAGUAUAAGACAAAUAACCUUGAUCUUGGUGGCCUUUUUCAGCAGACUUUGCAGACCUUGCAAACUUUUUCCAUGUAUUUAUGUAUAUAAAGAUCAAUAAACAUAGUCACAAUAUAGCACUGGUCUGACUGAUCAUCUGACAACUGAGCCAAACCCCCAAGCCCUUAUUGUUGAGCCCUGUAUUUGCUUAGUUUAUAAAUGCCAGUGGACAAAUUGUAUGUAUUUAUAAUGUUCUUAAUUCCAUUCUAACUCUUUCUUUCCUUGAACCCAGCAAAGACAUCAGUACACUCCAGUAAAAGCAAGUGGUUAUUUAAAUGAAGUGAGAUUUUAAACUUUUUAAACAGAAAGUAUGUCAAACACACAUUGAUGUGUUCUUUUAGAAUCAUGCAGUAAAAACUGACAUCAGUAUAUCUAUAUCCAGUUAGUUUGAAGUAAACUCACUGCCAAUGAGUUAGACAUGUUUUUAAUGGAGUUUUUAAAAUCUACAGGUGAAGAAACCAGAUUAAGUAGCAAUACUUCCUAAGAAGCUUUGUUGCAAAUGUUGUGUUGAAUUAGUCGGUAAUUCUCUCAAUAGGUUCCAAAAUAGAUAUUACUAAAACAGUACAUUUAAUACAAUCUAACAUUUUCACAAAUAAAAACCUUCUGCCUUUUAAAUUAUUUAUUUAUUUUUUACAUUAUAGAACAAGGCUACACUUCUCUGUUGAGUGGUUCACUUUAAACCGAAGAGAAGCUAACAGAUAAAUGUCUCUGUAUUUUAAAGGGGUCAUGAACUGAGAAACCAAAUUUCUUCCUCUUCUCACAAAUAAGAGAUCUUUGUACUAUAAAAACAUCCUGUAAGUUUCAAAACUCAAAACUCUCUUGUUAGUCUAAAAACAGCUUAUAUUGAAGCCAGUCUGCCAAAACAUCACCUCUAUGAUGUAAUAUUGUGGAUAAGUAUGGCCUCCGCAGAAGAAGAUCAACGCCUGCUUCUACAGCGGUGCCUGUUUAGCCCCGCCCAUCGAUUCGCGCAUGUAGUGUUUAUGAGAGAGGUGAACAUGCAGGUCUACACAGAAACCAAACGAUAAUGAUGCUCCAAACACAAAAAGUGGCUAUGCAGUGCCAAGUUGUGGAAAAACAGUCUUUCUAUUGCUUUCCUUCUGAUCCCAACAUUAGGAAAGUUCCAGACCGUGUCGGUAAGAACUUGGUCGUUUGUUCACUUCAUUUUACCGUGGAUUCGUUUACAAACAAGGCACAAUUUGACACAAGAUUUUCAGAAAGAUCAAAACUAAAAGAAGAUGCUGCGCCGACUGAGUAUUUAUGUGGUUUUAACCUAAAUCACAGCAGCGUCCAUCUGUGAAGGAUGUAGGCUGUCAAACAUGCACAACUAUUAGCCAAUCAUAUCUGUGGGCGUUUACUUCCGAGUUUACAAACUGCCACGCCUAUUUAAACAGAGCGUUCUGAUGAGGGGGGUUAAAAACAGGACAGAAAAUAGCUAAAUCAUGUUUUUUGAUGUAAAAAAUCUUAAUAACAUUAUAAGUGGACCUCAGAGAACAGCACAAAAUAAAAGGCAGUUCAUGACCCCUUUAAGCACCAAGGUUGACCAAGUAUAUGUUUGUAAAUAUUGCAGUAAUAUUACCUAUAUUAUACUAUGUAGCUAAACUUUGCAAGGUUAUUCAUAGGCAAAUCUUUCUCACAUCCUUAUAGCUACUAUACAAUCCGCAUUCGUUAGGUGGAUUAAGAAACGUUAUUAAUGAUUGCAAACUGCAUGAUGUUGAUGGUAAAUAUUAAAUAUACCUCAGUUCCACAUGUGCAUUUGAAAAAGUAAAAUAAAAGCAUUUUAUGAAAAUAAACUAUAUAGGCAUGAUUCCAGUUGCACAAUGAGCUAAAUAUAACUGAAUUCUGUUGAGAGGAUGCUUCAAAGGCUCUUUUAUUGCUUUUAACAGAUUACCAGUUUUGUUGCUAAUUGCAGUUAUCAGCUUGUCAGAAAGGCUGCAUUUCAAAUGAACUCUCUAUGAUAACCUACUAUUUAUUUAACCAACUAAAUGUUUUUAGGGGGACUUCUAAGGAUUUUAGUAAAGACAUAUUAAGUUUAAGAAAAAUAAAUGAACCAUUUGAAUAACUUUGUUGUAUUUGUCCUUUUAUAUACUGUAUAUCUUUAAUUCUUUGCAUGUCUGUCAUAUAUGUCUAAAUACAUCCUAAAAUGUGUCAAAUGAAAUGUUCCCAAGGUU